AUGUUAGUUAUCGUAUUUUUGGUGAUGCUCUAUAAGACGGAGGGGCAUGUAGUUGGUGAUGUAGAAACCUAUCCACAUUUAAAUAACCCUACGCAUAGCUGUAAAGUUUAUGAAGAAGAGAUAGACUUUUUGCGGUUAAAAGUGACUUUCUGCGAACGAGCUAGAAAAAAUAGUAUAGAUGAUUGUUCCAAAAGCCAAAGAAAAAUGGAGAUUGAUCUGGAAACAAGUAAUUCAGUUUGUCUGAAGCAGCAAACAACAAUCCUUAAACAAAAAGAUUUAUUGACAGAACAAAUUAUCUAUUUAAACGGGAAAAAUGAAAAAUUGAAGAAUACACACGAAAAAUGUUUCGCUAACUUAACAAGAUUAACAUCUGAAAAUGGGGGGAAAACGAGAGAGAUCGAUGAAUUUAAACAAUCGUAUGAAGUAAUGGAGGAUGAAAUAAGUAAAUUAGAUAAAAUUUUGAAAGAACUUAAGCGUCGUCUAAGGCAAUGUAGGAUUGAAAAAAAAAAUUGGAAGUCGAGAAUAAGAAGUUAA